CCACAGGGGCUCAAGCCGAUGGAUCACAACGGGCUGUCAGAUCCUUAUGUCAAGCUGCACUUACUGCCCGGAGCCAGCAAGGCCAACAAACUUAGAACCAAGACCCUGCACAACACACUCAAUCCGGUCUGGAGUGAGACGCUAACCUACUUCGGCAUCACAGACGAGGAUAUGGUCCGCAAAACCCUCAGGAUUUCAGUGUGUGAUGAGGACAAAUUCCGCCACAAUGAGUUUAUUGGGGAAACCCGAAUUCCCCUGAAAAAGCUGAAGCCCAACCAAACCAAAAACUUCAACAACUGCCUGGAGAAACAGCUACCUGUCAACAAAACAGAAGACAAGUCUCUGGAGGAACGUGGCCGCAUCAUGAUUUCCCUCAAAUACAACACGCAGAAGUCGUGCCUGGUGGUGGGCAUCAUCCGCUGUGCUCACCUCGCCGCCAUGGACGCCAACGGCUUCUCUGACCCAUACGUCAAAACAUACCUGAAGCCUGAUGAGAACAAAAAGUCAAAGCACAAGACUGCUGUGAAGAAGAAGACACUUAAUCCAGAGUUCAAUGAGGAAUUCUGUUAUGACAUCAAAUAUGCAGACCUCACCAAAAAGACGCUGGAGGUGACUGUGUGGGACUAUGACAUUGGAAAAUCGAAUGAUUUCAUAGGUGGUGUAUCUCUGGGUAUUAAUGCUAAUGGGGAGAGGCUCAAACACUGGUUUGACUGCCUCAAAAACAAGGACAAAAAAAUCGAGCGCUGGCACACGCUGACCAAUGAGUUACCCGGCUCAUUAAAUGACUGAAGACCACGUCCCGCCGGCCCUCACCCCCCCGUCUGACCGGACCUCACAGGCCUCCUGGCUUUGGUUUGGAACGCCGGCCCCAGCCCCGUUCUCUCUGGAUCCUCAUGGUGGCCACAGCUAUGCCUGACCCCUCUCUUUGGGAAUAUGUUUCCUGUCAACAGGGCUCAGCUAAAAAUAUCCCAAUACAACGUUCCACAUCUUCCACACACACAACAGGAGCUGCACAGCGGCUCAGUCUUUAUUUUUCUAAGAGAUUCUCAUUCAUCCAAAUUGUAGGUUGGUUUUUUUAAGCUUUUCAGCUUUAUCAUACGAUCGGUGAAAAUAAAAGGCGCUAGUGCUAUCUGUUUCAUGAGAUCUUUUACAGUAGCUGAAUCCAUUUCAGUCCUUAAAUCUCUGAAUCCCUGAAACAACGGGGAAAACCUCUUCCAGUGUCACAACAUCAAGAGGUAAAAUAGAGUAGACACAAACAAAAGAUGUAGCAGAUAUUUCCUCAUGUGCAGAGAUUUGAUGAAAUAAUACUCCUCUUCUGAAGACAGUCCUCCCGUUGACAGCUUGGUUAACAGUAACACUUAGUAUUGUAAAGGAGCAGAUGAAUGAAACGGUGGUGCACUUUAAAAUGAUUGUAAAGCAUCCACACAGAAUCCACACAACUAGCCUGGAGCCAGCAGUUUGACCCAGGACUCUGUCCACUGGUCAGAGUCCUUUUACCUCUUGAGAACAAUGUCAUAAAAAAGAUUGUGUUUUUAUUUUAAAUAUGCUUUGUCACUGAAUUGGCAUGAAACAUUUCAGAUGAGAAUUUGAUUUAUAAAGCUAAACAUGAUUUUUAUUUGGUUGUGGGUCAGAUUUCCCCAUCUUUUUUAGCAGAACAAUAUCAGGCGGAUAUUUUGUGUGUAGGCUUCAGCUAAACAAAACUGGACCAUUGAGCUGGAGCAAAUGUGUGUGUUCCAAUAGGUCACACUGAAGUUCCGGAGACCUCUAGCUGUUGCAGGAAUCAGCUCUUAUCAUCUGGGUGAAAAACAAGGUCAAACUGUAAUUGUGUUAAAGAUAAAUGGCCAACAUUGUGAAGCCUGGAAUGUGAGUAAGGAUGUGAUUGAAUCACUGUGCCCAAGACUCCUUUUGUUUUGCGAUGGUAUCCAUGGAACUCCAGUCCCAUUGAUUAACCCAGAUUGCAAUGCUUGAAACUUGUCAAGCUUUGACCUCAGUCAAUUUGGUGUCUAAUGCAUGUUUAGGAAGGCUUUUAGUAACAAUGUACAUGUUGUAUACAGUUCUCAGAGGCAUUCAGGGCGUUCCAUGUGUUUGUAGGACUCUCCUUUACUAAUUUUGCAGCCAUCAGGCUCCAAAAAGUAACAACACUCCAAGGACAAAAAUGUAGCCACCAAAUCGGAGUAUUUUUUCCAACCCCUUCCCAUCCAAACAGCAACAGAGAGCUUCAGUGCUGCUCUGUCUGUGAUGCGCUGUGGCAGAAAACCCCGUAAAGCUCCGUGCACGUCAGGAACUGACAAACAAAUUGUUGCAGGAUAAAAGGCUUUGAUGAACAGCCUGUCGGGGAGGAGAAUAUGGUAAUCAUAGCAACAGCAGAAAAUGGCUGUGUGAGGGGACAAAUGCCAGCAGACUGGCCCGAAGUUGGAGUUUAGGAUUUAAGACAUACUGGACAAUGAUGAGCCACUAGAAGUUUAAAAAAAAAAUGAAAUUACUUACAAGUAUUAAUUAUACCACAGGAGGCAUGUUCUCUGUGUAUUUUGAGCUAUUAAAUGCAAGAUAUCAUAACACAGCCCUUUUGGAUUUAAGCAUGAUUUUUGAUCCGUGUCAAAGCUCAGUAAGUGUUGGAGUCGUUCAGUCUGGUUAGCAAGUCCUGGUUUCUUAUAGAUGGCAAAAAUGGUAAAAGCUGUGGCUCAGGGGAUCUGAGAGUGGCCGUUCAUCAAUUAGAGUCAUUGGUCUGGCCCCCAGCAUCCCCAGUCCACCGGUCAGCCUGUCCUUCAGAACAUCACUUAGCCUCACCGUGUGUGAACACAGUGUGUGUUUGUGGGUGUGUGUUUGUGGGUGUGUAGGAUGAGCGCACUGCACUGCCUGAUGGCGGCCGAUUGUGGAACAGGGGAGGUGGUUUCCAGUGUAAAGGCAUUUUGAGCACUUAACACCAUUUUUUUCUAAAAAGUCCACUUAAUUAUUUUCCUCACACAAAUUCUCCUUGGAGUGGACUCAGCCGGUGGCUCUGCAGCCCGCAGCUUCCCCUCAGCUUCAGACUGCUCCUCUGGUUUUGUGGGUGGCGGUAGCACAUUCUCAACCAGGUUGCAAAGUACUUCUUAUAUAUUUUGGUCCUUUGUUUUCGUGGGCCGUUCACAUGUGACUCCAUUAGCUCUUCUCAGGAGCUGAGCUCACCACGUUUUCCCUCCAAACACCUGAAACUUUGUGCACUUCAGCACAAACGCUAGCUAGUCUCUGAUGGUUGAUAUUUUUAGGUGUCAGGUUUGGUAUUGACGUGUUACUUGCAUGUUUUUUGUUUUCAACAGGAGCAUAGCAAAUAUGGUGUCACAGCUUAAAGGUCCAAUCUGAAACCCUCUGUUGCAGCUAAAACAAACUGAAAAUCUAAUUCCAUUGGCACAAAUGUUUUUCUCUUCUGUAAAAACAACUCUCUCCAACUUUGGACAUAGAUUGAUUGUUUUAAAGUAAAGAAACUCAAAUCAAUCUCUUUUUUCUAGCAAUUCAAUAGUGAUUAAAAAAUUAUCCAAAACCAUGAUCCAAUUUAAUCUAAUAACAAAUAAUGCCAGUUCAUAAACAGUAUUCCAGCUGUUAAACCGCCAGAUCCCAAUAAAUAUUUGCUUCUUUCAAUAAAUGUGACUCAGAGUUGCGAAACACAUCAAUCUAAAUGUUCAUCAUUGAAACUUACAAGAAUAUUUUUUCUUUUAUAGUUGGAUUAUUGCCAGUGGGUCAAACUGAGGCAGACUGAAGUUAUGGAACCUUCUUUCUGGAGAAAGAUCUGGAGACAGUUAUGGAUAUUAAAUCUCAUGUGCAGGCAAAGAUUCUGCUGAUUUGUGGGCAUUUUCAGCCCAGCAAUAGAAAUGUCCACAGUCACAGUAGAGAAAUCACAUGGAAACCCACGGUUUCCUGAGCAGGGGGCUGUAAUCAACAGCACGGCGAGGCUCAGAGAGGUGAAAAUCACUUGUUGAACUACAGAACCACAGGAUUGGGUAGCUCUAUGGCAUGUGUGCAGCUUAUUGUUUACACUACAGAGAAUGAGUUUCCUCAAAAAACAUUGCAAAGUUUAAGAAAACAUAAAGUUUACGUCAGAUAUAAGAUACUGUUAAUAUUUACAAAGCAUGUCUUGUUUACAACAGCCUAUUCUUGCGGAAAUUCCAGUUUGCUGCUGAAAGGGCCCGGGCCCUGCUGAAGUCUCUGUGAUUGCUCAGUCACGCGAUGCAAGCUUUGCAAAGAUGGGCAGAAAUGAGAAGGGCAUCAUUUUUAAUAUUUGUGCGAUGUAUAUUGUUACUAUGUUGUUGCAUUUGUUGAAGUUUUUCUAAUGUAAGUAGCUCCACUAUAAAAUGUACCAAAACAAAAUGUGUUUCCCCUCCCCCUCCACACUGAUCCCUCUGAGGACGUGUGUUAUUGAUCCUGUUCAUAGACCACAUCUGAAGCUCUUUAGAGCGCGCAUAUGUGGGCAUCACGAUGUUUGAACUGGGAGUCUGGCACACACUGCCAGGCUCUCUCACUCAGACACCAGGAUGGAUCAUGCUUGACUCUGAAUAGAUUUUUUUCUCUUUCUUUUAACGACCGGGGUUGCAGUUUAACCCCUGCAGCCCUAAAAACGUAAACAACCGAGAGCCGGACGACCUUUUUCUGUGGUGCUGUUCUGCUAAAUCUCCGCUGCACAGAGGCAGCAUACAGAUGUCCUGUCCACUCACAAUUAAGCUAACAGCUCCGUGUCAUUACCUCCGUCACUUUAAGUGAUGGGCCUGGCGUGUUUGUUGGCAGCAGCUCGUGCACGUGUGUCAGGGCGGCCGACUGCUUCUGUAAUCACAUCAUUUUAAUUUCAGGAACAGCUCUUACGCUCUUCAGUUGUAUCGUUGAACUCUCUUCACCUACAGUUUCAGAAUUGAUAUUGUUUGAUUUGUUAGAUUCCUUUCCACUCUAUCUUCCAUGCACUUUGAACACAAUGUGAUUUUGAUAUCACACCUUCACAGCUGGGAAUGACAUUUUCAAUACAUCCAAUCUGGCUUUGUGUGUUUCCCCCCCCCCAAGUGUUAACAACCUCUCAGACACAUUGAUCUGUGAGACACAAGCCCACUGUGAAACCUUGUUGGCAUCUCAAUAUCCUCCUUGAAACAAUGACCCCCCACUCUUUUUCACUGAUGAAUAGCUAAUGAAUACAACCAACAUGUGGUUUUGAUUUUGUAACCUGUCUGCCUUUGUAUGCAAGCUCAAUAUUAGCAAAAGAAAAAAAAAACUAACUGCAUGCGAAUGUCAUGUUUUGUCACAAGAUGACUUUGCCUAAUGUUUGAUACCAUUUUCUGUAUAAACCAACAGAAUAUAUGACCGUGGAUGCUCUAAGAUUGCGCUAAAAGUCAGUCUUUCCUUCGGGAAACAUUUUGUACCUUUGAACACUAUCGCGUUGCCUGUUUGGCUGCUGUAUUGACUAUUUGGAAGUGUGACUUGAUGUGAAUUAAAAUCUUUCCUUUGUUGUUUUGUUUCCUUUUUAAACUCAGGCACUUGUUUUCCGUUUUCUGGUUCCUUGAAUGUAUGAAAUAUAAAUGCCGU